UUGGCAGCCAAAUACGGUAUCGUGAUCAUCAACCCGAUUUUGGAACGGGAUGAAGCCAAAGAUGAUGUGAUUUGGAAUGCUGCCGUCGUUAUUUCCCAUACGGGAAAGGUUCUUGGCAAAUCACGAAAGAAUCAUAUUCCCAGAGUUGGCGAUUUCAACGAAUCAAACUACUACAUGGAGUCAACACUCGGUCAUCCAGUUUUCCAGACAAUUUUCGGGAAGAUUGCAAUCAACAUCUGCUAUGGACGUCAUCAUCCUCAAAACUGGAUGAUGUACGGGUUGAACGGUGCAGAAAUCAUUUUCAACCCUUCCGCUACUACCGGAGGCUUGAGUGAACCACUAUGGGGUAUCGAAGCUCGUAACGCAGCCAUUGCCAACCACUGCUUCACAGCUGCCAUUAACCGUGUCGGUACCGAGGUUUUCCCGAAUGAAUUCACUUCAGGGAAUGGACUUCCAGGUUAG